AAGGCAGCAUUGGUGCACAUCACCAUAUUAUGUUGUUACUGUAUGUCAUAUCUAUUACAGUACGUACGUACGUACGUACGUACCUGAUACACUAAUUUUUUAUGCUUUGAUUCACGAGUUCAAGAUGCAUCAUCAAUCCACAAGUUCGUGCGAUAAGAAAAUCAUCCGAUUAAUGCUUUGUAGUACCGGUAGUAUUGCAAUCUUUGAAACAUCGGUGUCCGUUGUUCCGUUCAGCGUUCUAACCUCACUUGCGUAAUAGGAAGAAAGGAAAAUUGAUCCAAUCGAGUAGAUUUGGAGGGUUAGAAGGGAGAAAAAUGGGAACAACACGACUUCUCUUGUCGUCGCCUUCGUGGCUUCCACUCCUUUUGUUACUUACAGCCUUGCUGGCCUUUGACGAAAGUUGCUUAGGGAGAGUCGGUCUGGUGGAAGCCUCCGGACAGCAUAGGUAUUGGCGUGCAAGUUCAAUCAACAAUAUUAGAAACAAUAGGAAUGCGCACAUACAUGGAUGGUUGAAGGGCUCAAAAACGCCAGCAGGAAUAACUCGUGUUGACAAUCCAGAGGCUCGACGAAGCGAAUUGGUGAAUAACAUCUCAAGAGGAGGCGCAACUGUUGUUGGUGUCGCUGAACCACACAGCACAGUCGAGGAUCCCGGUAGCAAGCCGAUCGAUACAAUUUUAGAGAAAUGGUUGGUGCAAGUUCAAAAUUUACAAGAAAAUGGACGACAGAGCAGCAGUAGUGACAGGAUUUUUGCCGACGCAUCGGUCAUAAAGACUCACGGGCUCACCUCCGAUGAGGCUUCUCGGCUGCUGGCAAUAUACGGCAAGAAUGAAAUCAAAGAAAUCCCACCUCCCUCUUGGUUUGAGCUUAUUGCAGAGCAAUUUCAAGACCGACUAGUACGCAUUUUGAUGGGUGUGGCGGUCCUGUCGGCCCUGUUGGAAUGUAGUAGCAGUGGAGCAAUUACAGAAUCAUUUUUGCAUCGCUUUGCGGAACCUUUAGUGAUUUCCUCUCUCUUAGUAGUCAAUGCUUCUGUUGGAGUCUGGCAGAGCAAAUCUGCGGGGAAUUCCAUCGAGGCUCUGAAAGCAAUGCAACCCAGCGUCUGUACUGUCCUUCGUCGUCGAGAAGCAGAGAAUGACAACACGAUCACGUCAGAAGAGAUUGCUGAAUAUCCUUCUUCGGAUCUAGUCCCAGGAGACCUUAUUGUCUUAAAGACUGGAGAUAAGGUCCCAGCUGAUUGUCGAGUGGUACGGUACUACCAGGGACGGAGGUCACUAUCAGUCGAUGAGACAUGUCUUACAGGAGAGUCCAUCGCAGUCGAAAAGCUACUGGGGAAAGAAGGAUUGGCUCCCCAGAAGGCACCGGUUCAGUCUCAAACAGGAAUGGUAUUUUCUGGCACAACUGUUGUUAGCGGUGCAGCCAUUGCACUUGUAGUAGCUACGGGUGAAUCCACAGAAUUCGGUCGAAUCCAGUCAGGCGUUUUGGAGGCAAAGCGGGAUUCCCACGAUCAAAAAACACCCCUAGCACUUCAGCUUGAUGACUUCGGGAAUCAAUUGACUGGAUUAAUUGGAUUUAUUUGUGCCGGUGUGUGGCUUGCCUCGAUUCCAAAAAUGAUGGUCAAGGACUCAACUAUCUUCAACAGCCCUUUUGAAGGCAUGGUCUAUUAUGCUAAGGUAGCAGUCGCGUUGGGUGUUGCAGCAAUUCCUGAGGGACUCCCAGCAGUUAUCACCCUAUGCCUAAGUUUGGGGACCCGUCGAAUGGCUCAGCGGAAUGUUAUUGUUCGAAACCUUCCGUCAGUCGAAACACUAGGUUGUGUGUCGGUCAUAUGUAGCGACAAGACGGGCACUCUGACGACCAACGAAAUGACUGUCACAUCCUUGGUGUUGCUCGAAAAGAUCAAGACUGGUCCGAUAGUGGAACAUUUUGUUGAGGGAGUUUCCUAUUCACCCUUUGGUAGAAUCGAAGGAUUGUCAGGAAAAAAAGAAUUUACCGACAACCCUUUGAUAUCAGAUGUUGCUGCUGUUGCAGCUCUUUGUAAUGAUGCAAGAAUUGAGGGUAAUGAUCAUAGUGACGACGAGUCUUCCAAUCACCCUGAUUUUGAACGAACUGGAGAGCCAACGGAAGCAGCGCUAUGCGUAUUAGCAGAGAAACUGGGUGCGCUACAAAAUCCUGAUGGAGAGAAACAGGAAACCGAUAUUGAUCGGGCAGAAGGGAAACCAAAUAGUGAAAUGGCGAGCCAAUUUGUUGACCAGUGGCGUGGAAUGCAUCCCCGCAUGGCCACAUUAGAAUUCCAUCGGAUUCGAAAGAGUAUGUCUGUGCUCGCAAAAUUUAAGGAUAAAGAAAAUGGGAACAGCAAGGCUCGCAAUCGAUUACUAGUGAAAGGAGCGGCGAAUAUGGUAUUGGACCGGUGCACACAUGUGAAGUAUUCUGAUGGGAGCGUCGCCAAAAUUUCUGGAUCGUUGCGACGACAACUCGAGAGAAAGAUUACUAACAUGGCAACGCGUCCUCUGCGGUGCUUAGCACUUGCUGUGAAAGACGAAUCAAAGCUGCAAUCGUCCCUACGACAUUUCGAACCACGCAAUGACAAUGAUGUUCGGAAACACCCCUUGCUGAAAGACCCGUCCAAGUACGAAGAUAUUGAAAGUGGUCUCACACUUGUAGGGUUGGUGGGAAUCAAGGAUCCAGCACGGCCAGAGGUUGCCGAUAGCAUCCGGAAAUGUACCGACGCCGGGAUCCGCGUGAUUAUGAUCACGGGUGACGCCCGUGAUACUGCUGUCGCAAUCGCAAAAGAUGUAAACAUAUUUGACAAGGAUUCUUCGACAGACGAGAAGCCUCUGAAGGCUUUUGAAGGCCAAGAAUUCUUUUUGAAAUCCAGAGAGGAACAAAUCAAAAUUCUCUCCGAGGACAAUAUCGUCUUUUGUCGUGCUCAGCCUUCCGACAAGCAAGCUCUCAUCAAGAUGCUACAGCAUGAUCUGGGAGAGAUUCCAGCUAUGACUGGUAAGUAAAUUUGAGAGACCUACAACACAACACUUUUUGAAUGCGAUACAUUCUACUCUAACGUUUACUUUGUACUUGAAAUAGGUGAUGGAGUCAAUGAUGCACCAGCAUUACAACAAGCGGCUAUCGGUGUUGCAAUGGGAACGGGAACUGCUGUCUCGAAAGAGGCUGCAGAUAUGGUAUUGGCAGACGACGACUUUUCAACCAUUGUGAGCGCCGUCGAAGAAGGUAGAACGAUAUAUGCAAAUAUGCAAGCAUUCAUUUGUUUUUUGAUUUCUUGCAAUAUCGGUGAAAUUUGUGCCAUUUUCUUUGCAACGCUGUUGGGAUUUCCCGAGCCUCUUACAGCAAUGCAUUUGCUGUGGGUAAACCUUGUAACCGACGGACCCCCCGCAACAGCACUGGGAUUCAAUCCCCCGUCUCCAGAUUCGAUGAAGGAAAAACCGAGGCCGUCUAAUGAACCAAUUAUGACGAAGUGGCUUCUCAUUCGGUAUAUGUUGACGGGACUCUACGUAGGUGUCGCAACGAUCGGUGUUUUUGCACAGCAUUAUUUGAAGCAAGGAAUAAGUUUGAAACAGCUUUCAAACUGGUCCAAUUGCGGAACGGCCUGGACGCCGCCAGGCGGCAGUUCGUGGCUAACGGAGACGAGUGCGUGUUCGGAUUUAUUUCGUGAUGCGGGUCGAACGCUGCCUCAGACUCUUUCCUUAACAACGCUGGUGGUCAUGGAAAUGCUGAAAGCACUGUCUGCGGUUUCUAUGAAUGACUCGCUGCUCAAGGUUGCCCCGUGGCGUAACAAGUGGUUGCUAAUGGGAGUCGCAGGUCCCUUUCUUUUGCACUUGUCAGUAUUGUACAGUUCUGCACUGGGAGUACCAGGAUUCGGCAAAGCCUUUGGAUUGGUAAGUCUCGGACCCUGUUGUAUUGUCCGCGCGCUCGGAAAGAAACUCUGCCUUUUGAGAUCUCUCACCAGAAUGAUUUCCUGCUCUCCAGGUUUCGUUAACGAAAGAACACUGGAGGACGGUUUUGCUGUGGUCGGCUCCGAUCGUACUAGUCGAUGAAAUACUAAAACUCAUCGGAAGAAGGCUGUUGAGAAGGGAACAGUCAGGGUCUAGCGACAAAUGAAAGUAAAUUCCGACGGUAGGCCCUGCAUACGCAGCUUGCAAUUUUACCGGAACGAACAGUAUCAUCACUGACAUGCAAUUUUUAUCAGUCUUUCGUUCGGUUCCGGAUUCUAUACUUGACUAUUCCUACACU